AUGGUGUAUAUUGGACAAAUUGCAUUACAGAAAUUUAAUUAUCAACAUAUUACGUGUUAUGCUCAUGCUCUUCAACUUGCAAUAAAUGAGAGUCUUAAAGAAUGUAGUGAACUUAUUGAUAAGGCUAAAACGUUGAAUAACGCUUUAGUUUAUCGUGACAAAUAUCGUGAAACUCUUCGACGACGUAUACAACAAUUAGUGAUUAAUGACACGCAAUCAAAUUCAAAUAAUUCGUCCGGUCAACUGGCACACUGGUAUCGUUAUCCCUCUGUCGAUAAUGUCCUUUUCCACGGUCUUCGUCAGUAUGGGAAAACUUCAAUAGCGUAUGCGCUUUGCGAAGAUAAUUAUCUCGGCGCAUUAACAACAGUGUGCAUCUACUCCCUGACCAAUGCGUCUAAAGACAAAUCUUCAAGCGAUUUUGGUAUUCAUUUGCUAACGGUAUUUGGACAAGCAGACACCACAAUUAUCACCCUAGACGAGUUUGAUAGUAUUAUUUCAACGGAUGCUAACGCAAAGCACCAUUUGCAUGAUUUGCUUGCAGUUUUACGCAGUUUCCAGAGAAAUCCACACUCUAUGGAUAAAUACUAUCAACCUGCCGAAGAUUACGCGGGAAAACAAUUACCUUCAGGAUAUACAUUUCAGGUGGAAUUAUACGCGUUUGACCCUCUUUAUUUUGAAGCACAAACGGUUGGGCGAUUAUACUUGAUGGUCAGUGGCCGUCGCAGCAAUAUACUGAGUUCUGGGCACAUACUGGAAGCAAUCAUCAGGCGGCAGAUGGACGAACCACUGGAAAAAAGAUAUCCACCGCGAGAUUAUCCUAAAGUGAACGUUGCCCACGUUUUUCAUGCAAUGAAUUUACCGUUAGCUAUCUUGAAACUGGGAAGAACAGAUAGUCAUCAAGUCUGCU